AAAGCUAAAGGCACUGGUGGACUCCGCAACUGUGGUGUUCCAGCUACGUUGGUCCACUUCAGUCUGGAAUUUCUACCUGGAUGUUGGGUGUUCAAGCCCAGAUGCCUGCUCCAGGCCAAUGGACAACGCCGCCCUUCGACCCGCGCUUCCCUAACCAAAACCAGACGCGUAACUGCUACCAGAAUUUUCUGGACUACCACCGGUGUGUGAAGACCAUGGAUCGCCGCGGAAAGAACACACAGGCCUGCGACUACUAUUUCCGUGUAUUCCAUUCACUGUGUCCCGUCAGCUGGGUGCAGCGCUGGAAUGAGCAGAUCAAGCAGGGAACUUUCCCAGGCAAAAUCUGACCUUGCACUUGAGCGCUGCUCCUUGGUGGCAUCAACCCCCAGUGACCGCUGUCCUUGCCCCAGCCUGGGUUGCCCCCCUCCUCCACUUUGUCCUUAUGCCACAAAUAAAGCUAUGGUGCUGCUAA